GCACUCCCCCUCCCUCUUCUUGACGUCCCAAGAUCCCCGGAUGUCGUUUCCUCCGCAAGCAACCAACGCCACGGUCGCCGGCUAUGGCGGCGCUGUGAGCCUUGCGCGUUACAUGAGCACCAUCUUCAGCAACACCCAAUACUGGCUCGUGAACCACCCCAACAUCAUCAACUUCUCUUGGAAACAAGACCACACCUUUGGCUCCUCCCAUCUCUUCCUCGCCCUCACCGUCCUCUCCUACCUCGCCUUCACUUCGCUUCUCUACUACGCCCAGCUCUCAGUCAAGCCGCAGCUCCUCAGAACCAUCACAGCCGUCCACAACCUCGUCCUCUUCACCCUGUCCAUCGCCAUGGCCGUCGGAUGCGUCCUCUCCAUCAUCUCCCACGCUCCCAGCCUCCACUGGAUCGCGUGCUUCCCCAAGAACACGCCUCCCUCCGGCCCGAUCUUCUUCUGGGCCUACGUCUUCUAUUUAUCCAAGAUUCUCGAGUUCGUGGACACCCUCUUGAUCAUACUCAGCGGGUCCGUCAGGCGGCUCUCGUUCCUCCACGUAUACCACCAUGCGACGGUGGUGAUCAUGUGCUACGUGUGGUUGAGCACUUCGCAGUCUUUCUUUCCCGCGGCUCUGACCGUCAACUCGUCGGUGCACGUAUUGAUGUACGCCUACUAUUUCUUGUGCUCAGUGGGGGUGCGUCCAAAGUGGAAGAAGUUCGUGACCAACUGUCAGAUUGUGCAGUUCUGGUUCAGUUUCUUGGCUUUCGGUUUGGUUCUGUAUUGCCAUUUCACUGGGCUAGGCUGCUCUGGGAUCCUGGGUUGGUGCUUCAACAUCAUGUUCUGCGCUUCGCUUUUGGUUCUCUUCAUUGACUUCUACACCAGGAACUACGUCGAAUUGAAGGCAAAAGGUGCUUAAUCAGAAGAACGUGGGGCAUCUUAUUCAUGGUUCUGAAAAUUUCCGUUUAAGAAACAAAUGGCAACAGUAAAGAUUGUUUCAGUAGUAGCAUGUGAACGUGAAGACAUGAAGGUAGGGCAUGCAGUUUGAUUCCACAUUUCCUGGAGUCGCAUGGCCCGUAAAUACAUCCAAAGCAAUAUAAUUUCACAUUCUGGCGAUUUGCACAAGUGGUUUGAAUUUCUCCUACAUAAUUUGGCGAAUGCUAUCAUUUCUUUGAACGUUCUCUUUAGCUUUGUGACGUUAUUUUGUAAGUACUUAAGA